AUGCCGGUUCCCGUAUAUCAUAUUGUGAUCAAAAUAACCUAUGUGCUUCAUGGAAUUGGCAUAUUUGAUCAUGUUAGUGGUGUACGUGGACAAUGGACAUAUAAUAAAUCUGGUCCAUUAGUAUUAGAUCGUCCAGGAAAAAUGCCUGCAAAUGGUCAAUAUGUCUUAUGGCCAUUUCUAUCAUCUGAUCAAACAAUGACAGCAACUAUUGAUAAUGACAUUAAUAAUAUAUUAAGUAAUUUUUCAUUAAAUGGUGGAUGGUUUGAACAAACAGAAAUAAAAGGAUCCGCUGCUAAUGCUGCUGUUUCUAUUUCAACAAAAUUACAACCUGGUGAGAAAAAAACUUUAUCAAUAUUAUUUGCUUGGUAUUUUCCACAUCAUUAUUGGUUAGAUUUACCAUUAGAUAAUUAUUAUACAUUAUUAUUUAAUAAUGUAACAAAUGUUGGACAAUCAAUUGGAAUAGAUAAAUACGAUGAUAGUCAAUUGAAAAUAAUAAUAAAAGAUAUAUUAACAUUACAUUAUCUUUAUUUUAAUUCGAGUUUACCUGAUUAUUUAGUUGAUUCAUUAAUAAAUAGUGCUUCUCAUAUGCGUAGUGCAAUGUAUUUUUCUAAUGGUGAUUGGCGACAAUGGGAAGCAUAUGAUUGUAAUGAUGUUGAUAGUGUACAUAAUGAUCAUCAACGUCAUUUACCAUAUAUUCUAUAUUUUCCUGAAACAGAAAAAAUUAAAAUGUAUACAUGGGCUAAAUAUCAACAAAAUGAUGGAAUGAUACAAGAAACAUUUAUAGUUGGUUGUAUGGGUAACACAGCUCCUUAUAAUCAAUCUGGUGGGAGAAAUAUGGGAGAUGUAACAACAAUAUUUAUAUUAGAAACAUUAGAAUUAUAUCGUUGGACAAAUGAUUUGACUUUUUUAAAAGAUAUGUAUCCACAUGUUAUAGCCGGUAUACAAUGGCAAUUAAGUGUAUCAUCUCAAUUAGGUUUACCAGAACAUUUAGAAUGUACAUAUGAUAUACCAAAUAUGAGUCAAUAUCCAACAACAACAUUUAAUUCAUUCAUGCAUUUAGCUGCAUUACGUGCAUGUAUGGAAUUAGCUUUGAUUAUGAAUGAUACAAUUACAUAUAAUAAAUGUUAUGAAUCAUACUUUAUUGCUGUUAAACAAAUUAAUCAAUUAUUAUGGUAUAAUGAUAGUAUAGAUACAGGUUAUUUCUUAGCUUAUACAGGUGGACAAGGUGAAAAAGCAAUAUUUACUGAUGCAUUGUAUGGUCAAGUAUUAGCAUUUACAUAUGGAUUAGGUCCUUUAUAUAAUAUAUCAAUAAUGAAAAAGCAUUUAGAAAGUGAAGUACGAUUAGCAGAUACACCAUAUGGAUUAAGAAUGUUAACUGGACGAGAACCAUUAACAAAUCCACAAGAUAAUUCUAUAUGGAUGGGUGCAUCACAAGAUUGGUCUGUAUUAAAUUUAUGGUUUAAUAUGGAUUUAGAUAGUGCAUUAAUACAAUCUGAAAAAGGUUUAAAUCAUGUAAGACAAACAUUAAAUGAUCAAUGGAAUACACAUGGGUUAUAUGCAGGUGAUGGUUAUGGUAUUGGAGGAAAACCAUGGGUUACAUCACAUUAUGGUUUUCAUAUGGUCUUAUGGCAUUUACCAUUUGCAAUUACAGGUCAAUAUACAGAUUUAUCGAAAGGUAUAUUAUUAUUUUCACCUAAAUUACGAUCACCAUUUAUUUUGCCNAAGAAUCUUGCCUGA